AUGGAUGAGACUUUAAUCGCCACUAUCAACAAGUUACAAGACGCGUUGGCUCCAUUGGGCGGUGGCUCGUCCUCGCCCGUUGAUUUGCCCCAGAUCACCGUCGUGGGCUCCCAGUCCAGCGGCAAAUCGUCGGUGUUGGAGAACAUCGUCGGCAGAGACUUCUUGCCUAGAGGAACGGGAAUCGUCACCAGAAGACCGUUGGUGUUGCAAUUGAUCAACAAGCGUGCUGCUGCCAAGUCAUCCAAUGACUUGAUCCAGAUCAACACCACCAAGGAGAACGGGGAUGCCUCGGAAAACAACGCUGAUGAAUGGGGUGAAUUCUUGCACUUGCCCAACAAGAAGUUCUACAACUUCGAGGACAUCAGAACUGAAAUCGUGCGUGAAACUGACGCCAAAACCGGUAAGAACUUGGGAAUCUCGCCUGUGCCUAUCAACUUGAGAAUCUACUCUCCCCACGUCUUGACGUUGACCUUAGUCGAUUUGCCAGGCUUGACCAAAGUCCCCGUGGGAGACCAGCCAAAGGAUAUCGAAAAGCAGAUCAGGGAUAUGAUCAUGAAGUUCAUCUCCAAGCCCAACGCCAUCAUUCUCUCGGUCAACGCCGCAAACACCGAUUUGGCCAACUCUGACGGGUUGAAGUUGGCCAGAGAAGUCGAUCCCGAGGGCUCCAGAACCAUCGGUGUCUUGACCAAGGUCGAUUUGAUGGACCAGGGAACGGAUGUCAUUGAUAUUCUCGCAGGAAGAGUUAUCCCAUUAAGAUUCGGCUACGUUCCAGUUAUUAAUAGAGGUCAGAAGGAUAUUGAAACCAAGAAGACCAUUAGAGACGCUUUAGAGGACGAAAAGGCCUUCUUCGAGGACCACCCUUCAUACAAGGCCAAGGCCCACUACUGUGGUACCCCAUACUUGGCCAAGAAGUUGAACGGUAUCUUGUUACAUCACAUUAAGGGCACCUUGCCAGAUAUCAAAAUGAGAAUCGAGCACUCCUUGAAGAAAUACCAGAAUGAGUUGAGCUUGUUGGGUCCUGAAAUGGCCGAGUCUCCUACUUCCAUUGCAUUGAAUAUGAUCACCAAUUUCGCCAAGGACUACAAUGGAAUCUUGAACGGUGAGUCCAAGGAAUUGUCCUCUCAAGAAUUGAGUGGUGGUGCUCGUAUCUCGUUUGUUUUCCAUGAGAUCUUCAAGAAUGGUAUUGGUGCAAUUGACCCAUUUGACCAGAUCAAGGAUGCCGAUAUUAGAACCAUCAUGCAUAACACUUCUGGUUCUGCCCCUUCCUUGUUUGUUGGAACCCAAGCCUUUGAGGUUUUGGUCAAGCAACAAAUUCACAGAAUGGAAGAGCCCUCGCUUCGUUGUGUCAACUUGAUUUUUGACGAAUUGGUCAGAAUCUUGUCUCAAAUUAUUUCCCAGCCACAAUACUCCCGUUACCCCGCGUUGAAGGAGCAAUUGUCCCAGUACUUCAUCCAGUUCUUGCGUGAAGAGUUGAUCCCAACCAACACGCUUGUGACCGACAUUAUCCAGUCCGAAGAGACCUACGUUAACACCGCCCACCCUGACUUCUUAAAGGGAACACAAGCAAUGGCCAUUGUCGAGGAAAAGUUCCACCCAAAGCCACAGGUUGCUGUUGACCCUAAGACCGGCAAGCCAUUGCCACCAUCUCAGCAACAGUUGCAACAACAGCAACAGCAACAACAGGCCAAGGAAGAAGGUGGAAACGGCUUCUUUGGUGGCUUUUUCUCCUCCAAGAAUAAGAAGAGAUUGCAAUCCAUGGAGGCCCCACCUCCUGUGUUGAGAGCCACCGGUACCAUGUCCGAGAGAGAAUCCAUGGAGACUGAAGUCAUCAAGUUGUUGAUCGCGUCCUACUACAACAUCGUGCAAAGAACAGUGUCGGAUGUUGUCCCCAAGGCCAUUAUGUUGAAGUUGAUUGUCAAGUCCAAGGAGAACAUUCAGAAGCACUUGUUGGAGAAGUUGUACAACUCGCCAGACUUGGCUGAUAUGGUCAAGGAGAACGAGUUGACGGUGCAAAAGAGAAAGGAGUGUGUGAAGAUGGUCGAAGUGUUGACCAAUGCCAGCGAGAUUGUGUCCAGUGUGUGA